AAAUAUAUUUAUUUUCUUAAUUACUUUAGAAAGUCAAUAAUAUGCUGUUUGGAUGCGCCUUGUGUGUAUUUAUCGAUGUGGCUCGUGUCUAUUUACUUGCGUAUGCGCCAAAGUGUGCAAUCUUAAAUGAAAAUUCGGAAAUGAUUCUUUCCGAAUUGACCCUAAAUUACGAAUCUUAUCUGAUCUUAUCGUAGCAUCGAUGAUAAUACUUUAUCGAUCGGUGACGCGUUUAAAAGUCGUAUGUGGAAAGUGGCGGAUACAUAUUAAUUUCAGUCUUCGCAAUAAGUAAGUCGCAAAAUUCGCAAAUAUGUCCUCGAUAGGUCGAGAAAAUGAACCGAGACUCAGUAUCUUCGAUGAUUACUACGAUGACAGCAGUUCAGGAGAAACUGAGGGAGAGGAUUUGCAGAAGGAUGUUCCGCCAUGGGAUAUGUUCAAAUCCUUCCCCUCUCAAAUAGAAAGUGGAUCCGUGCGGAAUAAUCAAUUUUUCGAGGUUGUCAUUUGUAUUAUAAAAGUGCUAAUUUAUGGAUUGCUAUUUGUUAUCGUUUUAUGCAGUGGUAUCGCGGCUAAAACUGCUAUCUUAUUUGCAACCUCGCAGUUGCAGAAGAAUCAAUCGUGGCCCAUUUGCAGUUAUUCAGAACGGAAAGGAUAUGAGGUCUUGAAUGAAAUUAAACAUACGGAGGACGGCCGCUUAGGAUGGACUUGGUGCCUGAUUUUUAUAUUUCUCGUACCGGAAUGCAUCGGUGUAUUAAACGCUUUAUGGCAUUAUUUAUUCAAGAGGAAACCGAGAAUGCCGAAAAAGCGAUAUAUUCUCUUCACGAUCGUGAUAGACACUCUCCAUACGAUCGGUUUGGUUCUGUUAACUUUUAUCAUCCUGCCGGAAAUUGGAGCGGUGCAAGGCGCCACUAUUUUUUGCUGUUUGUGUUUUAUACCAGGAUUGUUAAAUUUACUCUCGCGAGAUGAGAAGGAUCGAAAUUUAUGGACGAACAAAGCAAGAUUAUUCAAAAUCUUUGAUGCACUGGCGUUGGUCUCACAAAUUAGCGGGAUAUUCUUGCCCAUUCUGAUCCAAUAUGACGUUAACAAAACAUCGACGUGGAUCUUUCCCAUCGCUCUCAUAUUGUGCUCGAUUCGUUGGUGGAGCAAUUUUGUGUUCUUUCGUAAUAAUGUUGGUCUGAUGCGAUUCUUAUCCUCUGUGAAGGAGGAUCUUCAGCCGAGUCAGCACAUUGUGCAAGGAUUCGCGUCCUUUUGCAGAAUAAUCAUUUUUAUCAUCGGUGCUUUCGUCGUUAAUGUAUGCCAAGAGGUAGAUGCCAAGAGCUUCUUUUUACCCAGAUUCAAUGAAGCGUAUAAUGUUAAUUUAAUUGCGCUUAAGGAUGUAUCGCAGGAAGAACAUUUUUUGACUGAAAACUUUAUGCCUCUCUACGUCUUUGCGGUACAAGCUGUCUGUGCCAUGACAAUGUAUCAAGCUUGUAAAUUCGCCUACAGGACCCAUAUGUACCAGUUUGGCUUCGCUUUUCCAAUAAGCUUGGCUGGUCUAGGAACAGUAUGCUUAAUCAUGGCUCUUUACGACAUCAGGAACAAGAAUGUCUGCGCCUUUUAUGGUACAUUUAUAGACUACUUUUUCUUCAAAGAAUUCUUGUUGAAAGAUUGGAGCGCAUUUGUCUCCAAUUGGUAUACUUGGUGUUGGCUGAUAUGGUUGAUGUCGCAAAUAUGGAUCACGAGACACUUGUGGACUACCGAGAAUGAAAGACUGGCGUUAGCGGAAAGAAUCUUCUCCACCAUUACUUACGAUUCUCUUAUGAUCGAUCAAUGUUUAGCCUUGAACAAAAAAACACAAAAUGAGGAUGCUGAUGAGGACGAUGAGGAGAAAAACAAAGACACCGAAAUUCCAAAUGAUGAUGAUUUCAAAAUAGAAGCUACCGAUAUCAGUUUAGACAUUGGAAAGCUCGAGCAGGACUUAAAUAGAGAAGAUCUAAACACAAAUAAACGCAAGGAUCGUAUCUCAAAGAUUUAUGCGUGCGCUACGAUGUGGCAUGAAGAGAGAAACGAGAUGAAUCAUUUGAUAAGCAGUAUCCUGCGAUUGGACAGGGAUCAAUGUGCAAUGCGCGAGACGCAGAGACAUUACAAGGUUCGAAUCGAGGACUAUUAUGAGUUGGAAACGCACAUUUUCUUCGACGACGCUUUUUGCUGCAUGCACGGCUGCAUUGAUCCAUGCAAUCACGAUGAGAAUGAGACACAAGUCAAUCAAUAUGUGAUAACGCUGGUGGAAACAAUUCAAAAGAAUGUGGAGGAUUUGAGAAUGCAUUAUACACCGCCCAUUAAAUAUCCGACGCCUUAUGGAGGUCGUCUUGCGUGGACGUUACCUGGAAAAACUCAAUUGAUAGUUCAUUUGAAGGAUAACAAUAAGAUCAGGCACAGAAAACGAUGGAGUCAGGUGAUGUACAUGUAUUAUCUUCUGGGCUAUCGCUUGAUGGGUCUCUCGAUCGACGUAGAUCGGAAAGAGAUCAUCGCUGAGAAUACAUACAUUCUCACGUUGGAUGGAGAUAUCGACUUCCGACCUACCGCUGUCAAGAUUCUGGUGGACCUGAUGAAAAAGGAUAAGGAUCUUGGUGCCGCAUGUGGCCGAAUACAUCCAGUCGGAUCAGGUCCAAUAAUCUGGUUCCAAAAGUUCGAAUACGCCAUCGGCCAUUGGCUGCAAAAAUCCACAGAGCACACGAUCGGUUGCGUUCUGUGCAGCCCCGGCUGUUUUUCGCUCUUCCGAGCGAAGGCGUUGAUGCAACAUAACGUGAUGGCGAAAUAUGCCACUAAAUCGACCGAAGCCAGACAUUACAUUCAAUAUGAUCAAGGUGAGGACCGAUGGCUCUGUACAUUGCUUCUCCAAGUGGGUUCCCGGGUCGAAUAUUCAGCGGCGAGUGACGCGUAUACUCACGCACCGGAAAUCUUCAGAGAUUUGUUUAUACAACGUCGUAGGUGGAUUCCCUCCACUGUCGCAAAUAUAUUUGAUUUAUUGAUGACCGCCCAACAGACGAGAGAGGUCAACAACGACAUUUCAUGGCUGUACAUCGCUUAUCAAUGGGUCCUAAUGGGGAGUACAAUCCUAGGACCAGGAACGAUAUUUCUGAUGAUGGUCGGCGCAUUUGUUGCCGCAUUUCGUAUCGAUAACUGGACCAGUUUCUGGUACAAUCUGAUCCCAAUCGGCGUGUUCAUCGGAGUCUGCUUCACUUGUAAGGAACGCGUGCAGUUAAUAGUAGCUGAGAUCAUCAGUGCCAUGUACGGGCUAGUGAUGGUGAUUGUUCUGGUGGGAAUUAUGUUACAAAUUGCCGAGGAUGGAUGGUUAGCACCCAGCAGCAUUCUCUUCUUUAUUGUCGCGUGUCAAAUGAUAGUGGCUGGCUUGUUACAUCCCCAGGAAGCAACUUGUCUAUUGUGUGGCAUUAUCUAUUACAUCACAGUGCCCUCCAUGUACAUGUUGCUGACCGUCUUUUCCGUUUUCAAUGUACAUAACGUUACAUGGGGUACGCGAGACUCGAAGAAGGCGAGUGUUCCUCAAGAGGAGCAGAAAUCUACGAGAAUUGGCAAUCUGUCCAAGUUCAUAAUGAGAUCAGGAAACAGGCAAGAUGGGAAUCAAAAAGGCUCGUUCGAAUUUUCUUUAGGAGAUAUUUUUAAAUGCGUCUGUUGCAUUCAUUCGGGAAUAAGUUACGAAGAGAAGCGGUUGAACGAGAUCAACGAGUCCUUGCAACAAAUAAAUAAGCAUCUGAGCCUAUUAGACAGUCAACUACAUGCAACGAAAAUGGAGGCAAACAAUGCUGCUCAAUCAUCUUCCAAUGCUAAUAUAUACACAAAAUCAUAUUUUCCAAUGGAAGAGAUAAUAGAAGAGGAAGUACCCGAGGGAAUCGAGCUACAAAUGAGCGAUAAGAGCGAUCAUGAGAACGAAACCUACAAGGAUUCUGACGACGACGAAAGCGAUGUUCUGACACAGGUGUCGGGGGUCUCUAGUCAUGAUCGUUCUUCCAACUUCCUCAUCAGUCCUUACUGGCUCCAGGACGAAAGAAUGCGAAAGGGUGAGGUAGAUUUUCUAUCGAAUUUUGAGGAGGAAUUCUGGAAGGAUUUGAUUGCGAAAUAUUUGCGACCCAUUGAAAGCGACGAAGAGAGUGAGAAUAAAAUAGCUCAGGAACUGAUAAACUGUCGCGAUGCAUAUCUAUCAAAGUUCUUCAUGAUAAAUGCUCUGUUCGUGUUGAUCGUAUUCCUUAUGCAAUUGAAUAAAAGUAUAUUGUAUUUGCAAUGGCCACUGGCAAUGAAGUACAAUAUCACAUUUGUUGCAAAAGGAGAUGAAUAUGAGGUGCACAUGGGAAAAGAAUAUUUAAAACUCGAGCCGAUUGGAUGCUUAUUUAUUGUUGCGUUCAUCAGCAUAUUGGGUAUCCAGUUUUUCGCUAUGCUAUUUCACCGAUUCGACACAUUUGCCCAUAUGCUCGCUAGUACGAGGCUUCCUUUCUGCUCUAAGAUAACUUCCUCAGAAGAUAGCAUUUUCGGGAGAGAUGCUGAUAAAAUAGCACAAGGACUUCAACAUAUGGCAGACGAUGAUCUAAUUUUUGAAUUUAGACGAAGUACCUUGACGUCUCCUGGCAGACGAAGGACUAUAUCUGAGUUAACGAAAAAAGGGCCAUCGCAUGGGCCGUUGAGAAUGCUAGGAAACUUUGAAAAGCUAUUUCGACGAAAGCUUCGUAAUCCAAAUGCAUCGGGUUUGACGCGACACAUGUCCAGACGAAUGUCAAAAGGUGCAUUUGACGCCUUUGAGCGGAGACGUUCAUCUAUUCUAGCAGAAAGAAGAAGGACACAGACUCAGAAACCGUAUGAUAUUUAUGAUGAUGCUAAUGAUUUAAGAAGGCAUUCGAAUCAUAUCUUUAAUAAUCUACAACCAAGACACUCGAACUCCAGUCAAUUUCAAUAUGAUAAUCGGGGAUUUAAACCGGACGAGAAUAUAUGAGACAUGCUAAAAAUUAAUUUAAUUUAGUGACAUACAGUGUAGACAAAGUUCAUAAUUUCUCAAUUUGUCUAAUAACUUAUAAUUUCCUUUAUAACGUUUUGUAACAUUAUAAAGUUUUGUAAUUGA